AGGAGCGGGCGGGGAGGCGGCGCUUCCUGUGCGGGGCGGCGAGCGGCGGAGGCGGCGGCUCCUGCUCCUCCUCGUGUAUCUGUGUACUCCCGGCCCCGCGUAACCUCACAGAAACUCAAUAGUCUAUUUAAUUGCGUAAACCCCCUAAAUUGCGUCAUUUUAAUUUAAUUUAAUUGCGUAACUCCCCUAAACCCCCGCGCAAUCGUCGAUCGAAGAGGAAGCAAACUGCAGAUGCUGUGUAAACCGAAGAUAGACACACACAGCUGGAGUAUCUCAAUGGGACAGGCAGCAUCUCUGGAGAUAAGGAAGAGGAGGUGAUUUACUGCAGCCCCUCCUGUGUACAUGGGUGAGGUCGAAACUGAUCUAAAAAAACCAAGCAAAAGAAACUUAAACCGACAAUAACUGAUGUAAGAGGUCGAAACUGAUCUAAAAAAACCAAGCAAAAGAAACUUAAACCGGCAAUAACUCUGUAAAUUUGUGACGAGCAGUUGCGAAAUGGAUCUCUUUUCGCUGAUAAAAGUGGAGGAGAGUGAUGUAACGGGGAUGGGAUCUGACGAAAGCUCCAAUGACGACCGCAGGCGCGAUGGACCGAGCGGGGACGCGGGCUCGAGCAAGGACGGGGAACAGCCCGCGGCGCCCUCGCGCUCGUCUGCCAGGAAGAAAGCCAAGUACGAGAUCAAGUUUUCAGAGGGCUGGCUCGCCUACCCGCUCUUCUCUCCGUGGCUGCAGAAGAGGAUUGACGGCACCGGGAAGUUUGUGCCGUUCUGCGGCAUUUGUAGAACGGCCAUCACGAUGGGGAAAAGUGCGAUUAUGAGACACAGAGCGAGCAAGGCCCAUCAGCGUGCGUCCAGAAUGUGCGGGAAUCUAGCUAAACCGCAACCUGCAAUGCAGGCGCCCGUUCCACCUUCUUCUCCUUCUGAAAUGGAAAUGAAGAUGUGUAGUUUCUUGGUCGAAAACAAUCUUCCCAUGUCCCUCUCAGAAAAUCUGCUUGCACUGCUGAGGAGUUUAUUUCCCCGCUAAUGAAACUCUCAAUCACGUCACUUUAGAUGGACAGAAAGCCACCAACACAAUCAGACAGAUGCUCGGCUUUCUUUACAUGAAAGAGGGGGCUGAGCAACUGAAAGGCCACAAAUUUUCACUGGUCAUCGAUGAGCCAACGGACAUGGCCACAGAGAGUCAGAUGGCUGUGAUUGGGACAUACUUUGAUGCCGAAAGCUUCAAGAUGAAUACUGUGUUCAUUGAUCUCGUCGAUCUGCCGAAUGGUAAGGCAGACACCAUCUACACUGCGGUUAUUCAGUGUUUGCAGGAAAAACAUCUUCCAAUGGAGAAUGUCAUUGGAUUUUGUGCCAACACCUGCAGCGUUAUGUUUGGAGUCCAGCAUCCCAUUUCUCAGCUCCUGCGAAAGCAUCACCCCUGGAUCGUGCCAGUCAAAUGCUCUGGUGAUUUAAUUCGCCAGUGUGCGUCUCGUGCUUCGUUGAAGCUACCAAAGUCACUGGAGGACUUGUGCAGAAACAUCCACUCUCAUUUCCGCAUGUGCUUGCAGAAGCGUGAUGCUUUCAGAGAAUUCCAGGAUUUGCCUAACGCGGAUGAUCAUCGCAUCCUCGGGGCAGGGCAUACCAGGUGGCUUGCGAUGAAAAUAUGCGUAGACAGAAUACUAGAACAGUACGAAGCUCUGAAAGCCUACUUCCAGGGAGUUGCGAUUGAAGAUCCGACACAUACAAACGACUCGAUCCUGACGAGCCUGACCAAUGCGUUCACAGUGGCAUACCUUGAGUUUAUGUCCUAUAACCUGGGCAGACUCGCUUCCUUCAAUAAACUCUUCCAGAGCGAGGUUCCCCUUCUGCACGUUCUCAAGCAUGAGGUUUCACAGUUGUUGCUGGGUCUUUCAUUAGAUUUUAUGGAGCUGUCCCAUGUCAGAAUGUGCGACCCCCUAGACCUGAAUGUGAAUGAUGAGGAGCAUCACAUGCCGCUGUGUAACGUUUACACAGGGGUGAAGGCUUCUAAAGCAAUUCAGAGCGUUGGUGACAGUAUCGGGGCAAAGCACCCAGACAUUACACUCUUCCAGCACCACUGCAAGCAGUUUCUCAUAGAAUGUGUGACAGAGAUCCAGCACAGAUUCAGCAACCUACAGGAACUGGAUUUCCUGAGAUGCCUCGAGCCAGCAGUGGCGAACAAUCUGACCAUACCAUCCUUGGCCCCGUUGUACCAGAAACUGCCAUACCUGGAGGAAGUUGCUUCAGUUCAAGAUGUCGACACUGAGUGGAGGAAGCACUCGACACUCCCCACUUUGAAUGGCAGCUUGCCAGUGCAGGAGUACUGGCGGGGGGUAUUCACACAGAAAGAUGCCUGCGGAAACCAAGUGCACCCCCAUUUGAGCAAAAUAAUCAGUGUGUUGCUGUCAUUUCCUUUCUCCAACGCUGCCGUUGAACGGGUUUUCAGCCAACUGCGGCUGAUAAAGGACGACCGCUGGACAAAUAUAAAAUGAGAGAGACUGGCAUGAUAUUCUUUCCAUUUAAAUCGCAACCCCCAUUCAUUUUGUUUUCUGUAUUUGCCGAUUUUUUUCUGCCGCCCGAUUAUUUGGCGGCCAAUCAGCCGCUGUCUCCAAGGGGGCUGCAUCCAAUCGCCGGCCAGCUCCCCUUGAAAUUCCCGUCCAAUCAACAAAUCGGUCUCCCGUCCAAUCGGCCGCUCUCCCCAAGGGCGAAGGGCGUCGCAUCCAAUCGUACAGCGCGCCGAUCGCUCGGCGGCCAAUCAGGCGCAGUCUCCCGAGGGGGCGUGGCGGCCAAUCAUCGACCAGCUUCCCUUGCUGAAGUAGAAGUUGGCUGCAGCCAACACCUUUUCUCUGCUGUUUGCACACGUGGAGAGACAUUUCAGGUCUCCAGCUGGAGUUUGACGCUCGCUGCCGAUUCCAGAGCAAGAGUCGCAUUGCGGCAAAGACGGCGUCUAGGACGGGUCCCGACCUGAAACGUCUCCGAUUCCUUGACUCCAGAGUUGCUCCAGCAUUUUGUGUCCAUCUUGGGCGUGUGGUUGCCGUGUUGGGUUGUCGAGGGUCCGGGGAGGCGCUCGGAGUGAGUAGAGCUGGUGGAUACAUCAAUGCAGUCGGUGCGUUGAGGAACACCAGGGGUGUCCCUGGGGGGGGUGGGAUUGGUGUGGAUUAGAGCUCAUUGUUCUGUGAUUCCCAGUGGCUGGCAGUCACCAUGCGUGCUCUCUUAGAAACAUCGGCAGUAGGUGCAGGAGUAGGCCAUUCGGCCCUUCGAGCCAGCACCGCCAUUCAAUAUGAUCAUCCAAAAUCAGUAUCCCCCAUUCCUGCUUUCUCCCCUCCCCAUAUUGUGUUAGUCCCAAGAGCUAAUCAUGGCUGAUCAUCUACAAUCAGUACCCCGUUCCUGCUUUCUCCCCAUAUCCCUUGAUUCCGUUUACCCUAAGAGCUAAAUCUAACUCUCUUGAAAACACCCAGUGAAUCGGCCUCCACCGCCUUCCGU